AUGGGGGGUGGGGGGCACGCAGGGCUCACCCCCCCCUCUCUCUCCUCCCCCCCCCAGGGCCCUUUGCAUUCCCCGUUGGACUCCACGCGCAGCACCCGGCAUCACGGCCUGGUGGAGCGGGUGCAGCGGGACCCCCGUCGUAUGAUGUCCCCCCUCCGCCGAUACGUCCGACAGAUCGACAGCUCGCCCUACGGACCCACCUACCUGUCGCCUCCCCCCGAGCCCAGCUGGAGGAGGACCAUGCCCUGGAGCAACUUCCCUAUGGAGAAAGGACAUUUAUUUAGGCUUCCAUCGGCUCUCAACAGGUUUAUUUCUUGGUGUCUCUUGUUGUUCCCCACAGGCCUUCCCUCUCCUAUGCAGAGCUCCCUGAGUAACCCCAACCUGCAGGCCUCCCUGCGCAGCCCCUCGCUCCAGUCCUCCCUCUCCAACCCUUCCCUCCCCUCCUCCCAGAGCAGCUCCUCCAUCCCCUCCUCCCUCUCCAACCAGUCCCUGCCUUCCUCCCUCUCCUCCUCCCUCUCCAACCCUUCCCUCCCCACCUCCCCCCGCAGCCAGCCCCUCCAGUCUUCCCCCAGUAAUCCCAGUUUGCCCUCCGGCCUGAGCGCCUCCUCCUACGCCCCGCUGGUGCCGGCCUGCACCUCGGCCUGCACCUCGCCGCGCCGACGGGUCCCGCUCAGCCCCCUCACCCUCCCGAUGGGCGCUGGCGACACCUCCAGAAGGCAGCACCCCAAACAGUUCUCACCAACAAUGUCACCCACAUUGUCCUCCAUCACCCAGGUAUGCAUGGACCCAUCGUGUCCCCCCCGCCGCCCCCACAGAUCGGCCCACGCACACCCCUGACCCACGCCGGGGGGCUCCCCGUCCUUUUCCUCCCCGUCCUUUUCCUCCCCGUCCUUUUCCUCCCCGUCCU